AUGGAAUAUUCUAAGAUGGCACAGCAGGAAGAGAGCCCUUGUCUGGGGCCAGCACCGGACAUCAGGAUCAAGCCCCGAAUCAUCAUCCACGGAGGCGCCGGCAACAUCCAAAGAGGUGUUUUCCCACCAGAGGAGUAUGCCAAGUACCGAAGUGCGCUGAUCAAGAUAUCCCCGAGCGCGCUGGACUCGGCCGUGCACGCGGUGACCCAGCUAGAGGACAACGGGCUCUUCAACAGCGGGUACGGCGCCGUCUUCACGCGCGACGGCGUUAACGAGCUGGAAGCGUCCGUCAUGGUGUCGCGCGGCCACGCCAAGCGCACGGUAGGCGUGAUGGGUCUGCGGCACGUGCGGAACCCCAUCGUCCUCGCGCAGCGGAUGCUCCAGCACGGCGACGAAGAUCUGUCAGGCAGAGGCGGCAUUGGUGGUGGUGGUGGUGGCGGCUUGGAUCUAGACGUCCCGUCGGCUCAGGGUCACACCCAGAUCUACGGCCAGGCGGCGGAGCAGCUGGCCGAGAAGUACGGGCUCCCACUGGUCGAUCCGUCUUACUUCUUCACACAGAGGAGCUGGGAUGAGCACGUGCGCGGUCUGGAGCGGGAACGGGAGCGGGUCAAGGACGGCGACGAUGGCGACGAUGACGGCAGCAAAAAUGGCCCGUCGGGACACCCAGGGUGGGACGCGGACAGAUACGUCCCGCAGGGGACGUGCGGUGCCGUGGCGCUCGACGCCGACGGCGUGAUCUGCGUUGCCACGAGCACCGGCGGCCUGACCAACAAGCUCACAGGGCGGGUGGGCGACACGCCCGUUCCCGGCGCGGGCUUCUGGGCGGAGGAGUGGAUCGACGGUGACAGUGGCUCGGACUGGACGGUCUCCGUGUCUGGUCCCCUGAGGGGUGUGCUGGCCGAUUGCCUGCCCACGCCGUUCGUCUACACACCCACACCCAGGGUCACGACGGCGGCGACGACGACAAGGAGCCUGGGUAUAUCGGGUACGGGGAACGGUGACUCGUUCCUGCGGGCGGCGGCGGCGCGCACGGCCGUCGCCGUGGCGAGGUGGAAGGGGGUCCCGGGCGCGCAGGCCGUGGGCGGCGUCGUCGGUCCCGGGGGGGAGCUGCAGCGUGGUGCGGGGGACAGAUGGGGACGCACGGGCGAGGGGUCGGGCGGGAUGAUUGGCAUCGAGAGCGUGGUCGUUAGGCGGGGCGGACGCGUGGUCAGCGCCGAGUCGAGCGUCGUCAUGGACUAUAACUGCGCCGGCAUGUUUAGGGCCUGGAUCGACGAAGAGGGGAGGCCGAUCAUGAGCGUCUGGAAUAACGAGGGAAGUGAUUUUUGA